AUGGAUAAAAAUAUAAAUCAGAAGCAAAAUUAUGAUGGAUCUAUUGGAAAGAAUCAAAAAGAUGAAGAGUACAAAAUAAAUAAUCAGAGUCAAAAAAUAAAAAAUUCUGGAUCAAAUUACAGAUUCAACUCAAAUAAUUUAAAUCAAAGGGCUCAUUCUCGAUCUCGUUCACCAUUUAGAAGUUCUAAACAAUGGAUAAGUUCUAAUGCUUUUGUAAACUUUGUACAAGACUUCAGACAAAAUUUUGCUGGUGUCAGAAGCACAAAAAUAUUUCAAAUGGCUGGUGAAAGAUGGAAGAAAAUGUCUUCUGAAGAAAAACAGCCAUAUAUAAAGGCAGCUAUGAAUAUUAAAAAUAAAAAGCAAAAUCAACAAGAGAUUGAAAACGUAAAUAACGUUAUUAAUACAAAUGCAGAACAACCAAAGAAUGAAAAUGCACAGAAACAAGAAAAACCUAACAAGAAAGAAACAAAGAAAGGGGAAGCAAACAAAUCUACUAGGGAUAAAAGCAAUACAGAAUCAGAUAACGAAUCAAUUUUUUCUGAUACAACAGCCACGAAUACAAGUGAAGACAUAUCAGAUAUGAGUUCAUAAAUAUAAGACAGCCAGUUAUAUAAAUGUGAUUGUAUUUAUAACCAACCGAUAUUUUGAUAACUUUUCUUAUUGUGUAAUUUGUCAGAUUGUAUAAAGGUCAGAUUUUUCAUAUAUUAUAAAAACAAUUUCUUCUACAAUUUUUGUUAUAUCAACCCUCAUUUUGUAAACUGAAGUCUUGAGCAAAUUUA